GAGCUUGAUUCUGACAACACCAAAAUGAAGUUGGUGAUAGUGUCCCUGGGCAUGACUCUCCUGGUGGUGUCCAGUUUGGCCAUGCCAGGCGGACUAGGAGGUGGCAGCAGAUACGGUGGCAGCGGAUACGCUGGCGGCGGCGGAGGAGGAGGCGGUGACAACACUGGAUCUAUCAGCUUCGUCCUUGGUAGCCGCGGUCAUGGAGGCGGCUUUGGCGGCGGCGGCGGCGGCGGCGACGACGCCGGUGGUGCCGGCUUUGGUGGUGGCGGCUUUGGUGGUGGCGGAGGUACUGGAACCUCCAGUUUUAAUCUUGGAGGAGGUGGUUAUGGCGGUGGCGGCGGGGGUGGUGUCGGCUUUGGUGGGGGUGGAGGAGGUACUGGAACCUCCAGUUUCAACCUUGGAGGCGGAGGUCAUGGUGGUGGAGGUCGUGGGGGCGGAGGUGGUGGCUACGGAGGCAGUGCAGAAUCAAAAGGUGUUCUGAUGGGAAAGCAACACAGCGACUCGCAUGCUAACACGUUCGCCGAGGUUCUGAUGUCUCAGAGUUUUCUAAGAGUUGUGCCGUUUCUGGAAGUUUUUCAGAUGAUCAUGAAUCACAUGAAAAAUAUCACUGCGGCAGACCGAUACCGCAUUGGUACUGAGUGGCCUACUCAUAAGCGAUUAGGCCCUUCCAUUACGCCUCCAAGAGCAGUCUGGAGUCCAUACUGUCGACCUGGCAGAACUCAGCGACUGUUCGUGACAGAACUUGAUACUGGCAACACCAAUAUGAGGUUGGUGAUAGUAUUCCUGGGCGUGACCCUCCUAGCGGUGUCUUGCCUAGCCAUGCCAGGCUAUGGUGAAGGUGGCGGCGGCCAUGGAGGUGGCGGCGGACGUGAAGGUGGAGGCGGCCGUGGAGGAGGUGGCGACCGUGGAAGUGGCGGCGGUGGCUAUGGUGGAGGGGGUGGUGGUGCAGCGAGAGGUGGGGGUGGUGGCAGCGGCGGCGGUGGUGGAACCGGCGGUUAUAGUGGAGGUGGCUCUGGUGGCAGCGGAGGUGGCUUCGAUGGAGGAAGCUUCGGUGGCGGUGGAUAUGGUGGAGGCGGUUUCAGUGGAGGCGGUUCCGGUGGAGGCGGGGGAGGUUUUGGCGGAGGAGGCUUCAGUGGAAGUGGUUAUGGCGGAAGCGGACCCGGUGUUGGUGGUUCCGGAGGUGGCGGCUACGGUGGAGGUGGCUUUGGUGGAGGAGGCUUUGGUGGAGGUGUUAGAGGUGGCAAUAGCGGAGGUGGUGGAGGUGGCUCCGGUGGCGGUGGAUAUCGAGGUUAUGGGAAAUAA